UCUCUAAACUCCAUCCACCGAAAUCAAAGCUACACCUUUCGUCCUGCAACAAUUUUUUAGCUCUUAGAUAUGAUACUCAUCUUUCCUUUUUUUCUCUCUACUCUGUAUGUCUUUCCUUAAACAAAUAUUGUUCUAAUUCUUUAGUUACCUCACACAUUCACCUCUUUUCAACAUUUUCAUUCACUUCCCUCGAUUUGUUUCCAAUACAUUGCCUCCACUAUCGCAAGAAGGAUGGGAAGAGUUAAAUUGAAGAUCAAGAAAUUAGAAAGCAUAAGCAAUCGGCAUGUGACUUAUUCAAAGCGAAAAAGUGGAAUUAUAAAAAAAGCAAAGGAAUUAUCAAUACUGUGUGAUAUAGAUAUCAUCCUUCUUAUGUUUUCUCCAACAGGAAAGCCUACAUUACUACAAGGAGAACGCAGCAAUAUUGAAGAGGUCAUCGCAAAAUUUGCUCAACUUAGCCCACAAGAAAGGGCCAAAAGGAAAAUGGAGAGCCUUGAAGCACUAAAGAAAACCUUUAAGAAGUUGGACCAUGACGUAAAAAUUCAAGAUUUCUUAGGUUCAAGCAGUCAAACAAUGGAGGAAUUAUCUCACCAAGUCAAGGUUUUACAAGCUCAUAUCACAGAAGUACAACAGAGACUGAGCUAUUGGAAUAAUCUAGAGAAGAUCAAUAACUUAGAACAUCUUAGACAAAUGGAAGACUCACUACGGGAAUCAAUCAAUCGAGUAAGCCUACAAAAAGAAAAUUUAGGAAAGCACCAACUCAUUUCACUGGAAUGUGCUAACCAGUUGCAGGAAGGGAUGACAUUACCUUUGAUGAUGACAAGUUUACAAGAAUCCCAACCUCUAUCUUGGCUUUUGAAUAAUGAUAAUCAUCAGUUGAUGUUACCCAACGAACCAAAAUUUCUAUCCUUUAGUGAUAAUACCAAUAGAGAUGUUGAGUGCUCAACUGACAUUUCACUCCCAAACUAUUUUGGUCAUAUUGGGAGCAACAAACUUGAAGUUGGCAGUUCUCCCCAAGUCACUACUAUGGGUCAAGGAGGUGGUACCAUGAAUGAGUUAAACGGAACUACUUACUUAAAUGUACAACAUUGUGACCAGUUUGCAUACCCUCCUCCACCAGAUAUUGAGGAAGUGAAACAUUUCCCUUCAAUGGACAAUAAAUCGAACAUUGUUGAUUACCAAGUUAAUAACAACUUUGAUCUUCCCAGAUCACUGUUUGAAAAUGGACAUCAAUUUUGGAAUUCUGCUUCUGGGUCAUGUGGGAUAGCCAUGUAUAAUGAGAAUGACUACCAUAGGUAAUUGAUUGGUAAAUUGUUCAUGGUGGCCUUUUCAAGUGAGAAGAAUGUUAGCUGAUAAGGACAUGACCAAUGCUUGCAAAUCAUCUCCACAAAAAACAACUUAAGUUGCCUUUCCACCUGUGAGGUUAACGGGGCUCAUAAGAGUGGGCAAUGUUAGUUGUAUAUAUUGUAUGACUUGUAGGAUGCAGUUUGUUCCCAUAUAAGUAUUUAAGUUGACUAGUAGAUUUUUGGAAUUGAUCAAUGAGCCAAGAUGUAAAUUUGAAUUUUGUACAAAAAUAAUUUCGUGUGAUUUGAGACUCGAGUGCAGUUAUUUUAGAAAAUCGUUUCUUGAAGUAAAAAUUUGUUGAUGCU